AUGCCGCACUUCACCCUCCCUAGAACCCACUCCUCCCCGGCCAAGCCGUCCCCGACGACGGCCCCGCCGUCGACGCCAGGUGCGUCGGGCCCAGCCCCCGCCAGCCCGCCCAAAGGCGUCAAGCGGAUCGUAUCGGGCCUCAAGCGCCGGAUCAGCCACACCUUCCUUCGCGGUCACCGCCACCACGCGAGCACCGACGCUCUCGACCCUGCCCACCCCUCGCCCCGCAUCCUCGACGACCACGAACCCAUCCUCUCUCUCUUCGUCUCUGCCGACCAGCCGACGCCCAUUUCCAUCUCUGUUUCUCCGCACCAUGACCCCAGCGUCGACACGCUUACGCGCGGCGUCGCCGACGGCGGCCUCGGCAAGCAUGUCGCUGAUUGCUCAGACUCGUCGGACGCGACCUCGGACUACAGCGUCGCGUCGUCGUUCCGGGGACGGGGGCACGGUACAGAAUUUUCGGGCUCAGGUUCGUUCUCAUAUACCGCGCCUGGAGGUCUGCAGGACGUGACGGGCGAUGAACCUCUUGUAGCGCCUCUCCCAGAGAUCGCAGAGAGCCCGUCUAGCCCAGAGCAGACCGAGGCACCUGCCCCGUCCGCAGGCUCCGACUCUGAGGCGCUUGACCCACCCGUUCCGGUCGACAACCUAGCGCUCGCACUGUCUAUCCCCUUGCCGGAAGACGCCGAGGGCGAACUUGGUGCAGAGGGGGCUGCUUCGGAUCUGAGCCCAGAACCUCCAGCAGUCGACUCAGUCGACUCGGACAAGCGCAGCAUCGAGAGUCUUUGCUCUCGCUUGUCUCCCGAGUACAUCGGCGCAACCAUCUCCGAAGAAACCCCUUCCGAGUUCACGAGGGGGAGGACACUCUCGUUGGCAUCCGUCGAGUCUCUGACGGCCCCUCUCGAGACCCUCGUCCUUCCGGAGGAUGUGUCUCCUUCGGCCGCACCAUCCGAGCCUCAGUCGGAUGCCGCCUCCACCCAUCUCCCCCUUGUCCUCAGUACGUCAGCCGACGUGCCCCUUCCACCCGCGGAGCUCGAUGUCCUCGAAGAGCCUCGGCAGCGGAAGAUAUCUAUGCUCUCAAUAGAGUCCCUCACGGCUCCUCUCGAGUCACUCGUCCUACCGGACGAUGAAACCUCACCUUAUACAUCACCGGACUCAGAGUCGGAGUCUUCUCCAUUUGACAUCUUCCUGUCAAUACCGCUCCCUCCAUCCACUCCCGACUCUCCCUCGAUACUUCCCGUGGAAUCGCAGCAACUGCCAGAGCCCGAAGACGAGCAUCCGGUUAGUCUUGGCUCGCAGCCGAUAAAGCCAAUCGAGCUGCCGCCUGCGCAGUCUCCGGCAGCGCCUUCUGCGCCCACUGGCGGCGAUGACGCUCCGAUCUCGCUCUCCUGGGUGCUGGAAUACUUCACAGCGGAGUCCGCACCGAGCGAAACGACACCGAGCGAGCUAGAGGAAGCUCCCGCUGCCUCUGUCCUCGCCGCUGCCGAGCAAUCCCUCACCCCAUCCGAACCCUUCCAGAUCACUCCCCUCCCACCUUCCUCGCCAGUUCUGGUGCAUUCGGCGCCCCCGACACCACCACUGGCCGCGAGCGACGAGUACGGGAGCGAGAGCGAGGAGGAGGAUUUCGAGUUCGACCCACAAGGGCUCACGAUGGCGAUGCCGAUGUUGUUCUUUCCGUCUUCGAAAGUGCGUUAUCCGGCCUUCUCCUCGUUGACGUGGUGGCUGCCGCACGCAACGUUGUAAAUUAUUCAUCUUGUAGUGAUAGACGGACCGUACUUAAGUCGAUCAAAUGUAUAUCAGCUGUAAUUUACACUCGCAGGCCCUUACCGCCGCUCGGAUGGAGUGCAUGUUGAAACGCUCAGCGCUCAUUCAAGUUCGUUAAUCAUGACGACUGCGUAUCGCGCUCACAGUACUACCGUUGAAGUACUACGGACGAGAACUGAUACACUCAACACUUCGCUCAGGAACUGCGCUCGCUCGAUGUCCAUCUCCCCGUCAAGCUGCGUAUUGCCCGUAGCCCGUUUGCGUUAGUCAGGAACACUCUCGGCAGCACUUGGGCAGUACUGCGCCGCGGCGCGAAGCUGAUAUGAAGGGGCCAUUUAAUGGUCCCGUAGCCUCGUAGCACCCUUGCGUUUCCUAAUACCGCGACCACCGCCAUGUCCGCGAACAAGGUCUCCCUAAAGGCAUCUGAAGUGCCCGUGAAGUCCGUGACUGUAUUCCAGUCGUCGAUUGCAGAAGUGACGCGUGUGCUUUCCGUGGAACUAAAGAGCGGAACGAACAUCAUCGAGAUCUCUGGGAUAUCCGACAGCGCCGACCCCAGCACCCCCAGGAUAUACGGCCCAGCAGACGACUCCGUCCGCGUGCUCGACAUCGUCUGCCGCCGCCCCGCGCCCGAUGCCCCUCCCCUCCCGUCCGCGGAGGCCGCCGCGCUGCUCGCCAAGAGCCACGCCCUGCAGUCCCAAUGGAUCGUCUGCCAGGAAGAGAUGGGGCUGCUCGACAGCGCCGCGCGCCUGGCGACAACCCCCGCGGGCGGCAUUGCGACGGACCACGCGGGGCUGCUUGCGUUCGUCGAGGGGUUUGCGCAGAAGAAGCUGGCGGCGCACGUGGUCGUGCGGGCUCUCGAUGCGCAGAUCGCGGCGAUCGAGGAGGAGCUAAGGGCGGUGCGGAGCGCGCGGAAGGGCGAGGCGCGGACCGUCGUUGCUGCGAGUGUUUUCGCGGAGAAGGAGGGCGUGGCGGAGUUGCGGCUGACGUAUCUGGUCAGCGGGGUCCACUGGACGCCAUGCUACGACCUGCACGUCCCGAUGACCGACGGGCAGCCGUCCGCGGAAGUGUCUCUGCGCUGCUGCGCUACGGUAUCCCAGAGCACGGGCGAAGACUGGACAAACACGACGCUCACACUGAGCACCGCGACCGUGCAAACCCAGAAAGAGCUGUCUGUCCCCUCCAUAACGCCGCUCAGAAUCAAGCUUGGUACUCCUCCCACAGCCCCUCGACGCCGGCCGCCGCCUCCGCCUCCGCCCCCUCAUCCUGGGAACCCGCGCGAGCCUCCUCCGCCGCCGCGGCCAUUGCCUUGUGGCGGAUACCUAAGCGGGCCACUGGUGCCCCACCCACCGUCGAUGGCGGCGGUUCCAGCACCCGCGCCGCCGCCCGCCCACGCCCAACCACAGCAGAAGCCUACGGCCGCAGCGGACGUGUCCGACUGGAGCGACUCAGAGAGCGAAAGCGACCCAGUACUGGUCGAGCCGCCGGUACCCCAGCCGCUGGUCGAGGCCGCCCCGAUGCGCAACGCGUUGUCGGUAGGGUACAGCGUGCCGGGCGUGCUCUCGCUCCAGAGCGACGGGCAAGAACACAGGGUGACGUUUGCGACGCUGAACUUGAAGGUGGUACUGAGUCACGAGUGCGUACCGCGGAAGAGCGAGGCGGCGUUCGUCGUGGCGACGGUGGAGAACACGGGCGCAUAUCCUCUGCUUGCAGGGCCCGUGAGCGUGCUCGUGGACGAGAGCUUCGUGUCACAGGCAGCUAUAAAGUGCAUCGCGGUCAAGGAGAGCUUCCGAUGUGUGCUCGGGGUGGACGCCGCACUGAGGGUGACCUACCGGCAACACUCAACGACGGAGGAUCAGCCGCAGGUCAGCACGUUACCGCGCAAGGUGGUGGUGCGGUCGACGACAACGACGAUCGCGAACCAGCACACGCACGCUGUGGCGGGGCUCGUUGUGCGCGACGCCAUCCCGCUUUGCAACGAGGCGGGGAAGGUCGCGGUCGCCCUCCGCAAACCUGCGGGGCUCGCGGAGGUAGCGGUUGGCGAGGAUGUCCCGGUGAAGGUUGGCGAGGGGGAGGGCGGCGUGACGGCGAAGGCACGCUGGAUAAAGGGUGAUGGUGGGAAUGGCGGUGAAAAGGAUGGGCUGUAUGAAUGGGAGUGUGCGAUUCCGGCCGGGAAGACAAUCACGCUCGAGGCGCAAUGGGAUGUUAACGCGGAGAACGAUGAGGAGUGGUAUGAGGCACCCUAGUAUUGCGAGACCCGGUGUGGUUUACUGUCGUUGUAAAAUACCAAGAGUACAGCUCUUCCUGUACUCAACAUUUGGACCACUUUAUGUAUGAA